CUCAGUUCCCCCUUCUAAAACGCUGCGAAAAAGAAAAACGUCAAAAUUCAGAUUCAAACACAGAGAGAGAGAGAGAGACGCCAUAUCCGUCCGUUUCCGUCGAUCACGUGCUCCACUCCCCCAUCGUCCAAUUAUCAUGUGACCCUCUCUGCUCUCCUCCGUACUCCCUCUCUCUCUCUCUCUAUAGUUGCUUUUCUUUUUUACUUGCUUCAGUUUACUACCGUCUCUCUUUCUCACUGUUUCUUGGCUUCACUGCUUCUUCUGGCUGCUGCUGCUGCUGCUUCUGCUUCACAAGGAGCAGAGUAGAGAAAGAAAAGGUUGCAUUGCCGCCAAAGUCUUCAGAGAAUCGUGUCGGAGUUUUCUUUUUCGGUUACAGAAAUACUCCAAACAUUAGUUGAAUCGUCCAUGGCAGUCUAGGGUUAGAGAAAUAGAAAGAACAGCCUUCUUCUAUGUAGCUAAGCAUGGGCUGCUUACAGUCCAAAACCAGCAAUGUUCAAUCUCCUGACGAGGAAUCCUUACAGGCUGACAAACCAGAUCUAGCGAAUGGAGAUCAGGCGGAACAAGAUCAAGUUCCGGCAUUUAAGGAGUUUAAUCUGACCGAACUUCGAACGGCAACCAAUGGAUUUAACACCAAUAAUAUCGUGUCAGAGAGCGGAGAGAAAGCUCCCAAUGUUGUUUACAAAGGAAAGCUUGAGAACAAUCGGUUAGUUGCCGUGAAACGCUUUUCCAAACAGUCGUGGCCCGACGCUCAGCAGUUCGUUGGGGAGGCGGCGGGAGUUGGGAAGGUUCGACAUAAGAGAUUGGUGAAUCUGAUAGGUUGCUGCGCUGAGGGUGACGAGCGCCUCUUGGUAGCUGAAUACAUGCCCAAUGAUACUUUGUCUAAACAUCUCUUCCAUUGGGAUAAGCAACCAUUGCCAUGGGAAAUGCGUUUACGGGUUGCAUAUUAUAUUGCACAGGCACUUGAUCAUUGCAAUUCAGAGAACCGGAAACUCUAUCAUGAUCUGAAUGCUUAUAGAGUUCUCUUUGAUGAGGACGGGGACCCUCGUUUAUCUAGCUUUGGCCUUAUGAAAAAUAGCCGUGAUGGUAAAAGCUAUAGUACAAACUUGGCAUAUACACCACCAGAGUUUUUGCGGACAGGCAGAGUUAUCCCAGAGAGUGUAAUCUACAGCUAUGGAACAGUUCUAUUGGACCUUUUGAGUGGGAAGCACAUCCCUCCAAGCCAUGCAUUAGAUUUAAUAAGGGGGAAAAAUGUAUUGUUAUUGAUGGAUUCAUCCUUGGAAGGGCAAUAUGUCAAUGAAGAUGCUACGAAGCUGGUUGAACUUGCUUCGAGAUGUCUCCAGUCUGAGGCUAGGGAUCGACCUAAUACCAAGUUUCUUCUUACAGCAGUAGCCCCCCUCCAAAAGCAGAUAGAAGUAGCAUCACAUGUUUUAAUGGGUCUGGCCAAAAGUACAGCGCCUCUGCCAACUACCCUGCUCUCUCCACUUGGAAAGGCUUGUGCAAGGAUGGAUCUUACGGCUGUGCAUGAUAUUUUGCUCAAAACAGGUUACAAGGAUGAAGAGGGUGCUGAAAAUGAGCUAUCAUUUCAAGAAUGGACUCAACAAGUGCAAGAGAUGUUGAAUACAAAGAAAUUUGGGGAUAUUGCAUUUAGGGACAAGGAUUUCAAGAGUGCCAUUGAUUAUUAUUCUAAGUUGGUAGUGAUGAUGUCUGUGCCUUCUGCUACUGUAUUUGCAAGGCGAGCCCUUUCCUACUUGAUGAAUGGUCAACCGGAGCUUGCAUUGCGGGAUGCCAUGCAAGCUCAGGUAUGCAUGCCCGAGUGGCCCACUGCCUUCUACUUGCAGGCUCUCGCCCUCUCUAAGCUUGGAAUGGAGACUGAUGCUCAAGACAUGCUCAAUGAUGGUGCUGCAUUUGAAGCAAAGAAACAAAACAGUUGGCGUGGCUAAGGUUUGGGCCGGAUGAUGAACCAUGAUCUCCCUCACAGUCUGCCUUCUGUCACUACCAUGAUAUUAUAGAGGAUUGAGGUGCGAGUCCCUUGCAAUUGGACACAAAAAAACAAAAAAGAAUUGGUCCGAAUUUUGUCAGUUAUUGCUGCUGGUCUCUACUCCUUAUGUUGGGCGACAGAGAUUCAGAGAGAGCAAUGUAUAGAAUAUUCUUGGGAGAUGAAAAUAAUCAAGUAGUGAAUUAUCAAGACAGGUAGAUGAUCAAUCAUAUUGGUAGAAAAGAUGAUAAAUCACACUGACUGCCGCUCUCACUUGUGUCUUGAGGGAGGUGGGAGUUCGCUGUGAAGCAGAAAAGUUGGAAGAGGUUUUGUAUAUUUUGAUAAGAAGAAACUUCAAAUGCUUUUAAAUAUUGAAACAGAAGCUGCAAGAUUCUGGACUUCAGACAUCAUGACAUUGGAAAUUUUCACAUUUCCCAUUCUCGUGUACUGGAAAUCAUUAGUCUCCUUCGGGGUUAUUCAAGCCCUGGUUGUCUGAUCCGCUGCCAGUGUAGCUGGAAGAUGUAAGUUCUCUAAUCUAUGAUUAAAGCACCUAACUCAAUCGAUCAAUUUAGCCA